AUCUUUUUUAAUGGCUUCUUCUUCUCAAAAUAAUUUUGAUAAAGCUUUUGAUGAUGCUUUUGAUGAUACUUUUGAUGAAGCUUUUGAUGAUGGUUUUGAUCAAGCCUUUGAGAAUUUAACCAUUCAUCUUGAUCAAGAAGAACGAAGACAAAAAAGAAAAAAACGAGCUUAUAUUGAAAGACAUCGUGAAGAAGGACAUAUUCGUUUAUGGAACGAUUAUUUCAGUGAAACUCCAACAUAUCUUCCUAAUUUAUUCCGACGACGUUUUAGAAUGAACAAGUCAUUGUUCAUGCACAUUGUUGAUCGACUCUCCAAUGAAGUUCAAUAUUUUCGGGAAACACAUGAUGCUCUCGGAAGGAAAAGUCUCUCUCCACUACAAAAGUGUACCGCCGCCAUUUGUGUCUUGGCGUAUGGUUCUGCAGCUGAUACCGUCGACGAAUACCUCCGGCUCGGUUCGUCAACAACUCGAGUGUCGUGGGUUUCCGGGGAUGAUAGGAAGCAUCGAUUGUAUGCAUUGGGAGUGGAAGAAUUGUCCCAGUGCUUGGAAAGGGCAAUAUGCUCGUGGUUCGGGUAAACCAACAAUUGUUUUAGAGGCAGUUGCUUCAUUCGAUCUCUGGAUAUGGCAUGCGUUUUUUGGACUUCCAAGUACAUUAAAUGAUAUCAAUGUUCUUGAUCGUUCACCGGUUUUUGAUGACAUAAUAAACGGGCAAGCUCCGAAUGUUACUUUCUAUGUCAAUGGAAGGCAAUAUGAUAUGGCUUACUAUCUUACCGAUGGUAUAUAUCCGAAAUGGGCAACUUUUAUCCAAUCUAUUCCUCUACUACAAGGACCCAAAGCAGUUCUAUUUGCUCAAUGGCAAGAAGCUUACCGAAAAGAUGUCGAGCGUGCUUUUGGAGUCUUGCAAGCUCGCUUUGCCAUUGUUAAAAAUCCAGUCUUGUUUUGGGAUAGAGUCAAAAUUGGAAAGAUAAUGCGAGCAUGUAUCAUACUCCACAAUAUGACAGUACAAGACGAACGAGAUGGAUACACUCCACAAGAUGAUUCAGAGUGGAGAGAAAACGAAGACCCCGAUGACACGUUUUCUACAGCCCCUUCAACUGUCGGAAGAAUGGUUAAUGUUGAAAUGACAAUUCGUGAUAAACAGUUGCAUCAACGACUCAAAGAUGAUUUGGUUCAACAUGUAUGGCGUAGAUGUGGACGUGAUGAAGGCAACAACUGAUUUCCGAAGUUUCUUUCAAAUAAAUC